AUGUUCGAUGCUUUCAUUUUUGACGCUGGCACCCUGUACCGGGUGAGUCAGGAGAACGGCGAAUUGAUUUGUCGCAACGUUGAGUGCCUGAUUCCGCCUGGGGCCGUUGUGACAUGCUUCAGCGCGGAUGAGUUUUAUUUUGUUGCACGUGACACAACUCAUGUUUUGCGACGCUGGAGGGUGUCGCUCGGGUGCACGGACUAUGCGCCUCCCGGCCCCGUCCACAAGGUUCUUGUCCACCGUCAGAAGGUGUACUGUUGUGGGAGGGACUGCAUGUACGUCUUUGACCCUCUCGCUGAGGAGUUUGAGACCUGGGCGCUCCAGCGUAAAGCCUCCGAUGUAGAAGUGGCGGAUCAAGGGUUUGUUUUUGUUGCCGGAAAGAAGGAGCUCUAUGCAUAUCACUUCAACCAGUGCCUUAGUAGAGUAAAUGUGACGGGAAAAUACUUUCAGAUUUUGGGUCGCUAUGGCCGCUACGUUGCUGUUCUUGUGAAUUCAAAUCAAAUUGUCUGCGUGAAUGAAAAUGGCGCGGUUUGGAAGAACAUCUUCACCUACACAAUCAGGACGCCCUUCAUUACAGCUGACGCAGGUGCUCUUCUUACGAUUGAGAAAGGAGGUACAUUGCGCUUGUAUGCGCAGGAUACCGCGGUAACUGGGAGGAAAUUUCAGGGAGGAACACCAAAGCUACUUGACGUGCCUUUGGCGCAACCGGAGGAUUUGUGUUUGAUUUGCUUAUGCGAAUUUGAGGACGGCGGCGGCAUCACACUGGACUGUGGUCACCGCUUUCACCGUGACUGCGUUAUCGACUUUUCCGCUCGGGCAGAUGAUUUUCGCGCCAGAGGCGAACACGUAGUUUUCACGUACGCCGUUUGCCCAGGGGGGUGCGGCAUGCAAAUUCGUCAUGCUGCCUUCCCUCUCUCAGAAUACAUGGGAUUUUUGCGCCGAGAAAUUGAUGGGGAUGCCGAGGUUCGACUUCGAGAGAUGAAAUACAAAAUGGUGGAGGACUUACUGUACUACAUUUGUUGCCGAUGUGGAAAACCUUUUUACGGUGGUGAGCGCCGUUGCUUCCGCUCCAACAAUGCGGAGCCAGUCAAGAAACCCAGCGAGUUGAUAUGCUCUGAUUGCAAUGAUGACUUUCUCUGUCCAAAUCACAAACACGAUUACGUUCUUUAUAAGUGCAAGUAUUGCUGCAACCCAGCCACACACUUGUCUUUUGGCAAUAGAUAUUUGUGCAACCGAUGCGAUAAGCGUUGGGAAACUACCGAACCCGAACUAAUACCAUGUCCGGGACCUGACAAAUGUCCACUUCAGGAGUCACAUAGUACAGAUGGAUCCAUUGCUCUGGGUUGCAUGCUUUGUACCUCGUUUAAUGCAAUGCAUGCCGAUCUUUUUUUUGGCUCUUAA